UUUUUGCCGCCAAGAAACGGGAAACCCAAUGACUGCUCGGUUUCCAAACCCCAAGCUAGCACCAACAAACUGAGAAUUACAACAGAUAACUAUCAUAAUCAUCAUAGAUAGAAAGAAAGAUAUGAACCCAAAAAAAUCUUCCAUUAGGCCACCGGGCCAGCGAUCCAUACAUUCAACGUUCAUCUUUCGUUCAUCAAACAGGUCUAGCGAUUUUAAGAAAACUGUUGAGAUUAAAGCUAGCAAUGAAAAGGGCUCGCAAGUUUCACUCUCCGAAUUCUUGAAUCGAAAGCUGCAUAAAAGCUCUGUCCUACCCGGAUCCGCUCAGGGGAAAGAGAGGCCAUUUCUGUCCCCAGUCAGUUAUAAGGAUGUGAAGCCCCUAAAAGGAGAAACAAGCAAGAAGGAAAUGAGCAAUUGGGAGAAGGAUUUCGCUGUUGAUAUUGUCCUUGAACAAUUUAAGCACUCUACAGCAGAGACAAAAAGUGUAAAUUCUUUAGGUAGUAACAAGCUUAUGAGUGCCACCACAGGUGAAUAUGAGACACAGGAAUUGGGAAAAAGAAAGAGAGGAUGAUACUUUGUGAUUUUAGAGCAGGCAAAUAUUUAGGAUCAGGUCAAGGCUCACCUUGUUAAGAUUUUACAUUUAACUGCUGCUCUUUUGAGUGUCCCUUUGUUUGAUGGAAGAUCUUAAUUUUUCAACUUUAGUUGUGGGUUUCAGAACACGAGUGCAAUACCUUACAUUUCUGGGAGAUUUGUGUCACAAGCAUCUUUACUAAAGUCAGAAUCUGAGCCGCUUCCAUUUUGUA